UAAAACAAGAGAAGAAGAAAACGACCGGAAGUUACGUCGAAUGUUAUUUCUUUUCACAUGUAAUUCAGCGGGCAUCUGGAAAAUAAUACUUAAAAACAACGUUUUCGGAUGGUUUAAAGGUGGAAACAAGUUAACUGUAUUCUCAGGCAAAAACAAUGAGCACUCAAUAUAGCAUCCUUUUCAAGCAAGAGCAUGCACACGAUGAUGCCAUAUGGACAGCAGCUUGGGGUAAAAGCGAGUCGGAUGGGUCAGAAACUAUCGUCACAGGUUCAUUAGAUGACAUGGUGAAAGUCUGGAAAUGGUCAGAUGAGAAGCUGGAGCUCCAGUGGACUCUGGAGGGACACCAGCUGGGUGUGGUGUCAGUAGACAUCAGUCAUAAUGGAGCCAUUGCUGCCUCCAGCUCCUUGGAUGCUCACAUCCGUCUGUGGGACCUGGAGUCUGGAAAACAGAUCAAGUCCAUGGAUGCUGGACCGGUUGAUGCCUGGUCAGUUGCCUUCUCACCAGACUCUAAAUACAUCGCCACAGGAAGCCAUCUUGGCAAGGUCAACAUCUUUGGUGUGGAAAGUGGCAAAAAAGAAUACUCCCUGGAUACUCGAGGAAAAUUCAUCCUGAGUAUAGCAUACAGCCCUGAUGGUAAAUAUUUGGCCAGUGGUGCCAUUGAUGGAAUCAUCAACAUCUUUGACAUCGCCACAGGAAAACUCCUCCACACGCUGGAAGGUCACGCCAUGCCCAUCAGAUCCCUCACCUUCUCCCCCGACUCCCAGCUCUUGGUCACGGCCUCAGACGACGGAUACAUCAAGAUCUAUGACGUGCAACAUGCUAACCUGGCUGGAACACUGAGUGGACAUGGAUCCUGGGUUUUAAAUGUUGCUUUUUCGCCAGAUGACACACACUUUGUCUCGAGCUCAUCUGACAAGAGUGUAAAGGUGUGGGAUGCCAGCUCCAGAGCCUGUAUCAACACUUUCUUCGAUCAUCAAGAUCAGGUAUGGAGUGUGAAGUACAACAGUACCGGCUCCAAGAUCAUCUCAGCUGGAGACGACCGCGCCAUCCACAUCUAUGACUGCCCCAUGUGAUUAGAGGACAUUUAUUCAAAGUGGUUUACUCCAACACUGGAGAGGAGAUUCGUAACUGAAGAAGGAAGGAUGGAAGUCUUUUGCACUGGCCGGAUAUGGUCAAAUAAAAGGGUUUGUUUUGUA